GUUUUUCUAAUUUUGGAUUUUCAGUGUUGAAGUUGAAGGCAUCAAACACAUAGCAGAAUCCUGUUUUAUGGUCUUACUCUGAAUUUGAUGGUUGAGAACCGCCACUGCCGUAGACAACACACAUCAUGAAAAACGUCUGCUUUUCCCUCUUCUUCUCUUUUGGGCUUCUCUUUAAUUGGGUCUCUUCACAAACUGGACCAGAACGCGCUGCCCUCCCACCGAGAGGUUGGAACUCCUACGACUCAUUUUCCUGGAUUAUUUCCGAAGAAGAAUUCCUAAACAAUGUUGAGAUUGUUGCCAAUAAGCUUAAAUCUAAGGGAUACGAGUACGUGAUUGUGGAUUACCUCUGGUAUAGAAAAAAGGUUCCUGGUGCAUACACUGAUUCUCUUGGAUUUGAUGUGAUUGAUGAAUGGGGGAGGAUGGCCCCGGACCCAGUUCGGUGGCCUUCCUCUCAGGGUGGAAAGGGAUUCUCUGAAGUAGCUAAGAAAGUUCAUGCUAUGGGUUUGAAGUUUGGAAUUCAUGUUAUGAGAGGAAUAAGUACACAGGCAGUAAAUGCCAAUACUCCUAUAUUGGACAUUUCAAAGGGAGAUGCCUAUGUAGAAUCCGGGAAAAAGUGGCUUGCAAGUGAUAUAGGAAUCAAGUCGAGGGCUUGUGGAUGGAUGCAUAAUGGUUUCAUGAGUGUAAACGUUAAAUCAGGAGCUGGAAAAGCCUUCUUAAGGUCCCUGUAUCAACAAUAUGCUGAUUGGGGUGUUGAUUUUGUGAAACAUGAUUGUGUCUUUGGCGAUGAUUUGGAUUUAGAUGAAAUAACCUUUGUGUCUGAUGUUCUUAAACAACUUAACAGCACAAUAGUGUAUUCUCUGUCCCCUGGAACAAGUGCAACGCCAGCCAUGGCCAAGGCUGUAAGUGGGCUGGCUAAUAUGUAUAGAAUAACAGGUGAUGAUUGGGAUACUUGGAAUGACAUCGUUUCUCACUUUGACGUCACCAGGGAUUUUGCUACUGCUAAUAUGAUAGGUACCGCAGGUUUGCUGGGCAAAUCAUGGCCUGAUUUAGAUAUGCUUCCACUGGGGUGGCUUACUGAUCCAGGUUCGAAUAAUGGGCCACAUAGGACAACCAACCUCAACAUAGAUGAACAAAGAACUCAGAUGACUUUAUGGUCUAUAUCCAAGUCUCCAAUUAUGUUUGGAGGAGAUUUGAGGAAUAUAGACAAUACCACCUUUAGUAUCAUCACCAAUCCGACCCUACUAGAGAUUAACUCCUUUAGCUCAAAUAAUAUGGAGUUUCUUAAAAUUGCUUCAACAAAUUUUAGAAAGCGAAUUGUGAAAUGGCAUUCCAGAGGUUUGGAGGCAUCAGCUUCACCUAUAUUGGGUCUCACCAAAUGUGCAUAUUCAGACACGACUGGUUGGAUUACUAAAAGUGUCGAUCAAGGUCUUGAAAAAAUAUGUUGGAAGGCAAAUCCUGAACAUGAAUAUCAAACACCUUUUUGUCUAUAUAAACGAGGAUCCCGAGUUGCAAUAGAUAAAGAGGCAGCUACUCACCGCGAUCAAGUGGAACUUCUAUCAUUUUCAACUAGCUCGGUGGAGGUUUGCCUGGAUGCCACUCCCAAAAGAAAGCAUAGUUCUGAAGCGAUCAUGAGGGGGUCAUUUUUCCCCUGUAAAAGGCAUGAGAAUCAGAAGUGGGAUUUAUACGCUAAUGGGACGUUGGCAAACCAUAAUUCAGGGCAUUGUGCAAUUGUGAAGUAUAAACAAGCCAAAGCUAUUCCAACCGGAGUUCGCUCUUGGGUUGCAACAGGAAGGGGAGGUGAGGUAUAUGUUGCUUUCUUCAAUCUGAACAAUGUGAAGACCGUUAUAUCUGCGAAGAUUUCAGACCUUGCCCAGGCACUCCCAGGCAAGAAAUUGGGUCCGAAUUCUUGUAAAUACAGAGAAGAAUGGUCUGGAAAAGACUUUGGACUAGUCUCAGAUUUAAUUGCUGCACCGGUUGAAAGCCAUGGUUCUGCACUAUUUAUCAUCAAUUGUAGCUAGUCUAACUGCGUUAUGAAAGCAGUUAAUCGCUCUGGAUUGUGCUUACAUUCUCUUAUCGAGUAUCGAUACAUAUGGCGGGAAAAUAAUAGGUGAAUAACAGAGUUUCGUACUGCGAUGUAUCAGUCAAAAUCUUCUUUGAAGCAAAUUCCUGGGGCUCUCAUAAAUCUGUACUUCGUACUUUUUGACAUCAAUCCAAGUUCUCUUCUCUCUAUGUAAAACUUCAAUGGAUGCUUAAACAAUAUGGAAAUGAAGUUUUUAAGUUAGGUAA